CAGAAUGGAAGCAGUGCACAGUUCCUUCGUUCGGUCUCUACUCCCAAAGACGGGGUUUUUUGGAGAUCUCUCUCCGCUGGUUGCUCUCCAUCUCUGAUUAGGGUUUUCGAUUUCCUAGGUUGUUACCCUAAUUUACCCUAGAAAGUCACCGCAAAUUUGCUGCCUUGACGUUCGCCGGGGAAGUAAUUGCUACUGUACUUGGUUGAUUUCGAAUUUCCGGCGAACCCUCGACUUCGAAUUUGGAAAUACCCCGGCGAAAAUGGGUAGUUGAGGAAAUUGAUCGGACUGAAUUUUGUCUGCGAAAGUUUGUUUCUUUCUCAUGGAGAGAUCUAGAUCGAAGAGGAACUACUAUUAUGACCAGGACUAUGAUGGAGAUUCCAUGGGGAGGACCAAACCCAGGUACAGCAGGAUGACAUUGGGGCAUUGCCACCACUUCGGUGGCGGCGGCGGAGGAGGAAACGGCAGAUACCGCGGCGGAGGUGGUGGAGGGAACGGUCGGCUCUCGAAACCCCAGCCGGACUCGAUGGUGACGACGACGUACCGUAUACUCUGUCUCGACGCCAAAGCCGGCGGAGUCAUCGGCAAGUCCGGGUCGAUCAUCAAGUCGAUUAGACAGCACACCGGCGCGUGGAUCAAUGUGCAUGAGCUUGUCCCCGGGGAUACCGAGCGCAUCAUCGAAAUCUCCGACACGCGCCGCCGCGACCCGGACGGUAGAGUGCCAUCGUUCUCGCCGGCGCAGGAGGCUCUGUUCCUCAUUCACGACAGGAUUCUGGAGAGCGACGCGCAGUACGGUUACGGCGGACCCCCGGAGGAGGAAGACUACGGCGGCGUAAGGCCCGGUGUAGGGAGGGUGGUGACGCGGUUGGUGGUCUCGAGGAUGCAUGUUGGUUGCUUGUUGGGCAAAGGUGGGAAGAUCAUUGAACAGAUGAGGAUCGAGACCAAGACCCAUAUCAGGAUUUUGCCGAGGGACGUUAAUCUGCCUCGUUGUGUUUCCGUGUCGGAAGAGAUUGUUCAGGUUGUAGGGGAGACACAUGCAGUUAAAAACGCUCUAGCAGCUAUUUCAUCUCGCCUUAGGGAGAGUCAGCAUCGUGAUCGAAGUCAUUUCCAUGGGCGAGCACAUUCACCCGAAAGACCUUUCCCACCGGUUGAUGAUUAUAUCCCUCAACAGAGGCAGCAAUCUAUGGAUAGAUUUCCUGAUUCCAAUUACAGAAACAAUAACUUCGGCUCUCGUCAAUCCAAUUAUGCAACCGAAACUCCAUCUCUUCCCAUUGGUGAGAAUGCACAACCCUUCUAUAACGAGGAGCUUGUGUUCCGGAUUCUCUGCCCAGUUGACAAGGUUGUUCGGGUUGUCGGGGAAUCUCAAGGAAUAAUAGACUUGCUUCAAAAUGAAAUUGGUGUAGACAUUAGGGUAUCUGAUCCUAUAGCAGGAUCAGAUGAACAGAUAAUAACUAUUUCUUCAUACGAGGCUCCUGAUGACGAGCUGUUUCCAGCUCAAGAGGCUUUGUUGCACAUUCAAACUCGUAUCGUUGACCUUAUUCCAGAUAAAGAGAACUUUAUAACGACCCGAUUACUUGUACCUUCUGGUGAUACUGUAUGUUUGGAUGGGAAAGAAGGAUCCUUAAUCGAAAUAAGAAGAUUAACCGGAGCAGACAUUGAGAUUCUACCUAGGGAAGAAUGCCCUCCAUAUGUUUCCAUUACUGAUGAUGUUGUACAGAUUGUUGGCGAGAUCAAAGCAGCUCGAGAUGCACUUGUUGAGUUGACGUUAAGAUUGAGAAGACAAAUGUACAAGGAGUUCUUUCAAAAGGAGGAGACACCGGCUUCCACUUCAGCAACCGGUCCUAAUGAUGUUGUUGCAUUAGUAGAUGCAGUAGCAUCAACAAAUAACAUAAAUCAAUCUCGUGAAGGUCAUACCGGUUCCAAUCUGAACUUGCAAGCUAUCCCGAGUGCUCCACAAUAUAAGGAAGCUGGUGGAUCUGACGCUGCUGCAAAUGCAAUGACAACUGAAAGUGAAAACCGGGAUGACAUUGGGGCAGUGAACAGAAUCCCGGUACCUCUUGUUACUAGGAGCAUUUUUGAAGUUGUCUUACCAGAACAAGUGGUUCCUAAGCUCGUAACAAAGUCAAGAAACAAACUUGCACAGAUCAGUGAGUUGUCUGGAGCUAACGUAACUCUGGUGGAAGACCGACCAGAAGAACCCGAAAAGAUAAUCCGGAUAUCGGGUACACCCGAGCAGGCCGAGAGAGCUCAGAGCUUGCUUCAAGGCUUUAUCUUGAGCACACAAGAGGAUGAUGGACCAUGACCUGAACGCACGAUGGCCGUUGUUGUGUUCAUCACUUGCAGAGGAAAAUAAUUUGGGGGGGGGGUGUUUAGGGUUUGGGUAGUGAAGGUGAUCUUAUCAGGAAAAUGUGUUUUGGAUGAUCUCUUGGUGUUUGUUUCUAUGUUGUGUUCUUUUUUUUUUUCUCUCUCAGGCAUGUUUUUGUAACCAUAAGUAGUAGGGGUGGAUGUUUCGGUUUUCGGUUCGGAAUUCAAACUGUUCGGUUUGAAAACGUUAUUUUUUUAUUUUAUAAAAAUUGUACCAAACUGGAAUCGAAUGUUAAAUGGUUCGAUAUUAGUGUUGGUUUGA